CACCUUUUGUUUUGAUCAGCUGCUACAACUCGUGAUGACUGACUGAGGAUGAGAUUGCUGAUUGCAGCUGAGACAACUAGAAAAGUCUGAAUGUGAUGUUCGUCUUUGAUCAGAUACACAACAGCGCUGCUUGCUUGUGACAACAGAAGUCUUCCUUUUUUUCUUUUGCGUCUUCCUUUAAUUGUACAAACUAUGCCAGAGAGAAGAUAUGGCCCGGCCAGCUGACCGAAUGAGGCUGAAAGACAGAAUUAUUGACAACAUUUCCAAGGCUAUCAAAGGGAUUCAGGAGUUGCUCUACUACCAGAGCAAGGACCCUGUGGUGGCAGGUAGCCAGACAGAGAAUAAUGUGCUCACACUGGGCAACGGAGACCGGGCUUGUCACAAACUGUGUGAGAACCUGGACCAUGCUCUGCUCCAUGGGCUCAAGAAUGUAACCCAUGGCUAUUGGCGCAUGGUCAAGCAGCUCUCUCACAAAGGCAUGGUCAAAGAGAUAGAGUAUUUGACCAAUGUGACCACUGAUCUUGGGAAAGGGCGAGCUUGGCUGUACGCGUCUUUGAACGAAGGACUCCUGGAGAGCUAUGUCCGGCUGCUGGGGGAAAAUGAGAAGCUGGUGAAAAAGUUCUACGCCAAAGAUGCUCUGAUGCUGGAUGGAGAUAGAAUGAAUGUCAUGCUGACCCUGGUCUCUGGGCUGGAUUUUGUGGUGUUCCGUUUGGAAUAUGACCUGCCCUACCUGGACUUGAGUGCGUACCCUCCCCGUAGCCGCACAGACUCGGAGCUAGAGGGCGACAUUCGGUCGACUUUGCCUCCUGUGCUGAGGUCCGACAGCUUCAGGUCAUCCUCAGAGGUGGCCGUUGCAAGUUCCCCGGACUCCACCACCCAGCUACCCAGCGACUCUGACUCGACGAGCGCAGCCAGCCUGGACUUCCUGUCUCACGCUGACAACAGCCACAUGAGAGUGAGCAUGGCGUCUGUCGACUCGGGCUUCCCCGCCGAUGGCACUAUGGGUAACUUCCCUUUCGCCAAUGCCAGACAACGCAGCGUCACGCCCACCGAUGCGCAUCUUUUCAAAGAGCGGAGCGCCACUCCGACUGACGCGGCUUCCGUGUCGUCUUUUGGCUCGGCGGGAGAUCCUGACCGGCACCAGAGGUUGGAGAGUAUACGGCCGGGGGUGGAGGAGGACGCCGACGGAGCGGAUGAUUCUCUCGAGGUGAUUCGCGUCAUCAAAAAAGGCAAAAAUGGCAGUGGGAAAGGGAAGAAGAAGAAGCAGUCGUCUGUGAAAAAGCAAGGGAGUCAAAACGGGGUAGGAGGCAGUGUACCGUCAGAUACUCCAGGAAGCCUGUUGUCUCAAAGUAUGGAUGCUCGGCGGCUGUCAGAAACGGGUGACAAAUCGAGAGCGAGCAGUGUGAGCAAAACGAAUCCGUCUACCAACAACGGUGCUCAGGAGGAUGCGGUGAAAAACUUUGUUGUGAGCUCCGGUCGGGACGUGAGUCCGUCGUCAGCCUCUAGUCCCAGUCCCGAUGCCGACGCCGAAAAGGUGAACGCUGCAGCAGAUGCGGAGUCGUCGAGACUGCCUCAGUUUGAUUCUGGCGUUGACAUCUGUGGGCUGACGGGUCAGAGACUCAGCAGCGGGAGCUCACCGUCGGCGGAGAGAGGAGACAACGCUGUUGCUGCGGUGACCACCAGCUCUCGCGUGGGUGAUUCGGCCGUAACUCGAGACAAUCCGACGACUAGUCACAGGUCAGCUCUGGCGGAGAUUGAGAGUAAAAUCGCGGAAAUGUGCAAUGGAUAUCCAGGUUCUAGUCAGGAUAAAAUGCCUGGUGGUGGUGGUGAGAAUAAUGUGAACAGAACAAAGCAAGCCACACCUCGUCAUGAGGCCAAUGGUUAUACGAGACAUACAGGGGGAGUCAUGUCAACAGACCCUUUUGCUCCCCAGUUCGGUUCAGACAAUAUCGAUGGCUCGACCAAUCGUGCGUCUCCGCACCUGCCUUCUCAGCUGAACGCUGUCUCAUCCAGCAGUUCGGCACAACAUUCUCAGCAGGGCAGAGACGCGGCUCACAGCAAAACGGCGGGCUCGGUUAGUUCCCACGACGGAAAAGCAGGCGAUCGGCAGGGGAAGAAACAGGAAGUGCUCUCGGACCAGGACGAUGAUUUUGAUUUUUAUUCUAGUCACAGUGCAGAUAGGGAAACCCCGAAAGACACGGAUAAGUCUUCAAAGGGGGGUAAUAAAUCGGAGAUGACCACGCUACAAGAGUCGUCACAGCUUCAGGACUACAUGGACUACAUCCUGAAAGGUUCUGACUCCCCAGAGGCUGUCAGUUCACAUCCCGUGGUGGAGAAAGUGGAAGAGCCGGAGCUGUACCUCAGUCUGGACAACAACACCAAGCUUCACGUCAUGUUGGAGAUCUUCACACAGGAGGAUGAGCACUUCAUCAAGAUGUUUGUGACCCGUGAGAACCACACCGAGGGCGAGAUCCAGCCCAUCUUUGUUCUCGUGUCCGACCACUGCCUCUACCUGCUGCGCUACAAGAGGGAAAACCGAAAGUUUCUCCUGCACUCCCACGCAAAGCUCACCGAUCUCAUCUUCAUCAGCACGGGCUUGAACGACCAGACGAUGAACAUAGAGAGCCGAGAGUCGAAGCGACAGAAGCAGAGGUUUUGGCUGACCCCUGGUCACCAGGCCCUGACCCAGGCCAUCCAAGCGUGUCUGACAGAGGCGGUGAAAUUUGCCAACGAGCAUAUUGUGUCUGUUCGCUCGAGGUUCAGCACGGGGAGUGAGGUGCCCUUGCAGAAGAUUGCUCUCAGGAAGUACAUCUCGAAGGAGCUUAGCUGUGAGGCCCAGGAUGUGACGGUCGGCGACUACUCCUUGGUGUUCUGGGAAGACCCGGCCAGCUCCGAGUCUCAGACGAUGGACGGGGUGAGCAGGGAGGGAACUCUUCUGCUCCGCGUCCAGGACCCGUUCAAGGGCUACGUGUGGAAGCCCGUCUACUGUAAGCUCAGGAAUGGAAUGCUGUGUGUGUAUAACAACAAAGGCGACCCGCGGCCAACGUGGUACCUGGGUCUGGGAGGUGACCAGUGCAUCGGUUGCCGAGUGACCACCGUAGCCGACCGCCAGCACUGCCUCGAACUGGUUCUCUCCGACGGCCCCAGCUGGCUGCUGUCUGCGGCCACCGAGUCGGAGAUCUCCUACUGGAGGCACUCCUUCUGUCUGGCUGUGUCUACGGGCAUGGAGCCUCAGAACACGGUGUCCAAGUCUCUGGUACCCUGCUGUCUGGUGCUGGCCUGUGGCACACUACUCAUGUGUCACGAGGACCUGCAGACCAAGUUCUUCCGCACGCUGGGCAGGGCCAAGGUCGAGGACAUCACGGCCAUCGCCAUGGACGAGAAAGACCCGACCUACUGCGUGGUGGAGUUUGAAUCCCAGGAGUCGGGAGUGACCAGCGUCCAGUGGGUGUUCUACUUUGCCUCGGCCGCGGAUCUCGACAGACAUCGAGCUGCUCUCAGCGAAGCGUGGAAGGAAAUAUUUAUGGUGGAGCUGCCCGUCGUCUCGCUGGACAACGUCUCCCUAGAACAGCUGUGCCAGAACCACGCUCAGCAGCUCCGGCGCUCUCUCACCCUCAGCUGAUUGGGGGAACAUCGCACGCACGCCUGGACGCACGCACGCAUGCAUAGAUUUGAACAUGCGCUGUCUGCAGACGCAGUUGGAUAGACAACACACACACACAGUCUUCAGACCUCCUGUGAGAACUCAGUGGGUUACCGGGGCAGUGCCACUGGCUGAAGUGUCUUUAGGCCAUUCCCAAAGGGGGGACAUUUAUCGUUCAAGCAUAG